AUGCAGUCUCUGUUCGGCGGGGGCGAGCUGGAGCUGCUGGGGGGCGGCGGAGGGGGAGACGUGAAGGACGACUGCGGCUCCGUCAUGUGGCGCUCCUCGUCCGUGUCCAACGAUGACGUGUAUUCCGCCUCCCACUUCACCCUGAUCUCGGCCUAUCAGGACAUCAAGGCGCGGCUGGCCUGUCUGGAGCGGGAGAACAGCAGCGUCAAGAGGAAACUCAAGAUUUAUGAGAUCAAGUUUCCGAUGAUCAAUGAGUUUGGAGAAGAUAACUCGUACUGUUCUUUUGAGAGCAAAGAGACGGCUCUGCUUCAUUCGGAAAAUGGGAAUCUGCUGGAGCGGGUCAACGUUCUGACACAUGAGCUCCAGAAGAGGAAGGAGCGAGAGGAGCAGCUGGAAGACGUGAUCCAGGCGUAUGAGAAAAUACAUCUGGAGAAGGGCAACCUCCAAAGAGACCUGGACAAGAUGACCAGUUUGGUGGAGAAACACGUGGAGCGGAUCCUGGGUCUGGAGGCGGUGCUGAGACAAAGAGACAACUCCCUCCAGAAACUUAACAUCCAGCUGCACAGCAAAGACAUGCAGUAUCUCCAGCUACACUCGGGCCCCGACGCACACAUGCUGGACUGCCCGGCCAUGACCCUGCAGAGCUCCCGUAGUUUGGACGCGCUGUCGGACCUGAAGCUGCAGCGUUUGGAGGCGGAGCUUGAGGGGGCGCGGCACGAGGCGCAGGGGGCGUGUCAACGAGAGGAGGAGAUGAAGGGCGAGUGCGAGAGACUGAAGGAGGAGAUCAGGGAACUGCAGAGCGAUCAGCGAGACAGGCAGGAAAUGACUUCGCCAUGCAAGCAGUGCGAUGUGGAGUGGAUAAAGAAGGUGGGAGACGAGCAGGUGAACCUGGCGCUGGCCUACACGGAGCUCACCGAGGAGCUGAGUCGUCUCCAAACACUGAGCGCCAAACAGAGUGAGAUCCUGAGGAAGGCGUCUCAGGAGCAGGCUAGUCCAGUCCAGCGCCACUCCCCCAUCCAGAGGCACUCCCCAGUGUCCCAGCGUCACUCCCCCAUCUCUCAGCGUCACUCCCCGGCCCCGCUGCCCCCCCACUCCCCUUUACAACAGAGACGCUCGCCCGUUCUCCAGCGCCUGUCCCCCGACAUGCACCGCCGCUCCCCCAUGCUGGACAUCAGUGACCACGGCCCGGCCUCCUACUCCUGCCGGCCCGCCUCCCAGCACCUCCGCGCUAGCUUCCAGGGCAGACGCAGCUACUCGGAGGUGACGGACCCCUCUGCGUACCACUGCCCGCCUCGCUUCUCCUUAGACCCGGUGUCCACUCUGCCCAAGCCGCGGCCGUACAUUGAGAGUUACCCCAAGCAGCCAUCUCUGGGCUCCUCUCACGGCGGCCAUCAGCUGCGCAGCCCGACCUCCCCCCUACAGAGCCCGCUGUCGGACGGCCCGCUGGGGGAGAGCUCGCUGCGUCACUCCAGGGAGCUGCCCUUCCCGCUGUCGGACGUGGCGCACUUACAUUUCGAGCCCCCGCCCCCCUCUUCACCCGCACCCCAUCCUCCGCAGUCAUCGGAGGACGAGGAGGAGUGGACUCAGCCUAUCAGCCCGCCUCGUACUCUGGGGGUGCUCAGUCCCACCAUGGGCCCCGGCUCCAUGAGGGGUCCGGCCUCCUGCACGGCCUUCCCCAUCCCCCAGAGGCCCAACACGCUCAGCUGCCACCCCCAGGGUUACGUGUCCGCGGAGCACGCACAGUCAUGGCCCUCCAUCAACUUGUGGAUGGAGACGGAGGAGAGCGACAUGCGGAGCUGCCCCUUGUGUCAGCUCAUCUUCCCCGUGGGAUAUCCGGACGACGCGCUCAUCAAGCACAUCGACUCCCACCUGGAGAACAGCAAGAUCUGA